UCCAUAUAGUUCCUGCAGCUGGGAGUCUGCAGCCUAGAAGAGCCAGACGCACUUGUAAGCCUCUCUCUCUCCUUUUUUGUUUUUGUUCCCCCUCCCGCACCCGAAAAAUGUCAUGAGGUGACUUUCACUUAACUACAAAUAUUUAGAUAUUUUUGUGGGCUGUUUUCUUCUUCCCCUUUGAGCAUGAGCCAAUAGCCACAUGCUGCCUCCUUUCACAGCAACGAGCUGCCUUAAGGGAGGAUCGUUACAGAGGGUUUCUUAAACGACCAAAGAAAAUGCAAAUAGUCUGUGUGCUCUUAGCAUACGCUCUGGUUUAACCAGCUUGGUACCGAAGCCAGCCCCAGACAGAUCUGUGAAGAAAAUACUGAACUUAAGACUUCCCCAAAAUCUUUCACUUACUUCUAAGGGUGAAAACAGUGAGCAGAUCCGGUGUGUCAAGUUGGAGACUUAAAAAACUGUAGGUUUCAAGGUGACACCUCUCAGGCAGAGCCUAUGGAUACCACAGGAAAUAUGACCGCAUUGCCUGGCGGCAACUUGACAUGCCUUUUGACCAUUGACGACUUCCGAAAUAAAGUGUACUCCACAUUGUACUCCAUGAUUGCGAUUCUGGGCUUUGUUGGAAACGGCUUUGUACUGUGUGUCCUCAUAAAAACGUACCAGCAGAAGACAGCCUUCCAGAUCUACAUGCUGAAUCUUGCAGUGUCAGACCUCCUCUGUGUAUGCACCCUGCCUCUUCGAGUAGUGUAUUACGUUCACAGAGGCAACUGGUUCUUUGGUGACUUCUUAUGCAGAGUUAGUUCCUAUGCAUUCUAUGUCAACCUGUACUGUAGCAUUUUAUUCAUGACAGCCAUGAGCUUCUCUCGCUGCAUAGCCAUAGUUUUCCCCGUCCAGAAUCUCAAUUUGGUAACUGAGAAAAAGUCCAAACUGGCAUGUAUGAGCAUUUGGAUUUUUGUCACACUGACAAGUUCUCCAUUUUUACUGAGUGGGUCUUACCAAGAAGGUAACAAGACAAAGUGCUUUGAACCUCCAAAAAGCAGUCAGAUGACCAGCCUGCUGGUCCUACAUUAUAUUUCGCUGUUUGUAGGCUUCAUUAUCCCCUUUAGUGUCAUAACUAUCUGUUAUGCCAUGAUCAUAAAGACCUUACUGAAGAAUUCACUGAAGAAGAAUCAGUCUACUCGUAAGAAGGCCAUCUGGAUGAUAAUCAUUGUAACAGCUGCCUUCCUGGUCAGCUUCACACCUUACCAUAUUCAGCGCACAAUCCACCUUCACUUCCUGAAGAGGAAAGACUCCAGCUGUGAAGACAUCCUUUUCAUGCAGAAAUUAGUAGUGAUAACCCUAUCCUUGGCAGCUUCAAACUGCUGCUUUGACCCACUCCUGUAUUUCUUUUCAGGGGGCAACUUUCGGAGGAGACUUUCCACAUUUAGAAAGGCUUCCUCCUCCAGUGUGAUACAGGGACCCAGGAAAAAGUUAUCAUUAAAGGAGAAAGACGACGAGCCAUUUCAAGAAAGCCAUAAAUAAGCUGGAUGUGCAGUGUAGCUGUGCUUCCUUUGUAAGGCUUUUUGUAUGGCACUGCAGUAGAAAUAAGCUCACAGUGGGACACCAGUGAUUGCAGAACUGUUUCAGGAGAACUGAACAAAACAAAUGCAUCUUCAUCAAAGUUAAAUAGAGACAAAAAUCCAAAGGGACCUGCUUCUACUCAGACCUUUCUGACCAGACACCCCUCUGCCUGCCAUUGAGGGGUUUAUUUGAUCAUGCUGUGGAGCAUUCUGAGGAUAAUUUUAAAUUCCAAAAGACUCAAAGCAAAAAGGACUGAAAUGUGAAUGGCUAUUCUGAAAACGUGCUCAGAGGCAUGUACAGUUCCCACCCCCUCCCCCCGUCUCCCCGACUUAAGAAGUUACAGCAGAGCAGCAGGAAAACAUUUGCGUGCUGGUAAAUUCAUGCAGACAAACUCUUCAGAUCCUACAUAAGGUCAUGAGGCAACUCUACAAAGACCAUUAGUCACUGAGCCAGUGGGAAAUGUAAAUAUUUGCCAUGAUAGAAGUUGAUGGAGCUUAUGCAAAGGGGGAGGGGGAAGAGAGGAGGAGAGUACACACUGAAUCCCAAAACAGACACUGAUUUCACAGGAAAAUGUCUUCCCUAUUCCCAGUUAUUUAUUGCCUGGGCUUUUAACUUUCAGUGGCAUAGAUUGUCACCACCUAAUAGAGAAGGGCGUGUGCACAGAUGACUUUAAGCCAUCUUUACACUCCUCCAGUUGUGGGCCGGUUGUGUGGCAGGCCCAUCUUCUGGUGUAAUUUAGAGCAGACUAAGGACUGUUCUAACUUGUACUAGCUACUAACCACCCCAAGGAACUGAUCCUGCAGCCUGGGAUUAGGGAAGCCCUAGCCAUGAAGGGGGUGGCAUAGGAGCUACUACACUGGCUGUGUAUCACCAGAUGAUCACCCUACACGGAAGUAAUCCUCAUGUGACCAUUAAAGCUAGCUUUAUGUCCACUAUACACUGGCAGUGCAGCACAAAGAGCCACACCACACUAGAGGAUCUGAGCCUAUACCUUCCCACUCAGGAACUGUAUUUGUCCCUCCCUCCGCCCCCAUCCAUUUCCUGUAAUUUGAGUUCCCAUUUCCAAAUAUAUUGCAACACACUAGUUCAGUUCACAGCUACAAGAUCUUUGAAGGGCUUUCUGUCUGUCUGAAUUUUACAACUAAAUCCUGAGAUAUAGUUCUGGUAUGUGCCUCCCAAACAAACACUUUGGCCCCAGUCCUGCACCAAUUGAACCCUAAAAACAUGAGUAGUCUCCUUGACGCCAGUGGCUGCUUACAUACAGAAUGGGAAAAGACUGCCUAGGAAGGAGUACGGCAGAAAGGGAUCUAGGGGUCAUAGUGGAUCACAGGCUAAAUAUGGGUCAACAGUGUAGUUGCAAAAAUAGCAAACCUCAUUCUGGGAUAUAUUUGCAGGAGUGUUCUAAGCAAGAUGCAGAAGUAAUUCUUCCGCUCUAGUCCACGCUGAGUUAGGCCUCAGCUGGAGUAUUGUCUCCAGUGCUGGGUGCCACAUUUCAGGAAAGAUGUGGACAAAUUGGAGGAAAUCCAGACAAGAGCAAUAAAAAUGACUAAAGGUCUAUAAAACAUGAGCUAUGACGGAAGAUUGAAAAAAUUGGGUUUGUUUAGUCUGGAAAAGCGAAGACUGAGGGGGGACAUGAUAACAGUUUUCAAGUACAUAAAAGGUUGUUACAAGGAGGAGGGAGAGAAAUUGUUCUUAACCUCUGAGGAUAGGACAAGAAGCAAUGAGCUUAAAUUGCAGCAAGGGAGGUUUAGGAUGGACAUUAGAAAAAACUUCCUAACUGUCAGAGUAGUUAAGCACUGGAAUACAUUGCCUAAGGAGGGUGUUGAAUCUCCAUCUGGAGAUUUUUAAGAACAGAUUAGACAAACACCUGUCAGGUGUUUAAAUAAUACUUAGUCCUGUCAUGAGUGCAAGGGAUUGGACUAGAUGACCUCUCAAGGUCCCUUCCAGUCCUAUGAUUCUAUGAAAAUUAAGCCAUGCAUCAGUCAGGCUUUAUGGAG